AUGGCAUCUUCAUCGUCGUCUUUUCACUCCGCUCCUCCCACCUCUUGGAAAUAUGACGUUUUUCUUAGUUUCAGAGGUAUAGACACUCGCUACACCUUUGUGGAUCAUCUUUACUCAGCUCUUGUACAACAAGGAAUCGGCACUUUCAAGGAUGACGAAGAACUUCCUCGGGGCGAAACCAUCCAUCCAUCGCUUUUGAAGGCUAUUGAAGACUCACAGAUUGCUAUCGUUGUAUUCUCUGAAAACUAUGCUCAUUCUUCUUGGUGCUUGCAAGAACUUGAACAUAUUAUGAAAUGCAAGGUUGAGAGAGACCAAAUUGUUAUUCCCAUAUUUUAUCACGUUGAUCCCUCGGAAAUUCGAAAUCAAAAAAGGAAAUACGGAGAAGCAUUUUCCAAACACGAGUCAGAGAAGAAAAACGUUGAAUCUUGGAGAAAAGUAGUUAUGGAAGCAGGGCACCUAUCUGGAUAUGUCGCCAAUGGGCCCGAGACAAUAUUCAUCAAAAAUAUUGUUAAAGAAAUUUUAGAAAGAUUGUGUAUAGCAAUUCCAAGCGACAAUGAGAACCUGAUUGGAAUGGAGGAUCGCCUGCAAGAUUUGAAAUCAAAGUUAGCAGUCGAUUCACAAGGUGUGCUGAUGGUUGGAAUAUGGGGGCUUGGUGGGGGUGGUAAGACUACUCUUGCACGUGUUGUUUAUGAUCAAAUCUCCAGCAACUUCGAUGGUUGCAGCUUUAUGAAUAACAUUCGGGAAGAAUCACGCAAGCAUGGUUUGAAAGAAUUGCAAAAAGAAAUUCUCUCAUGUGUUCUGAAACAAAAAAGAGAGGAAGCAGUUGGAGAUGUAAGAACGUUGAUAACGACAAAGCUUCGUCGUAAAAAGGUCUUGAUGGUUCUUGAUGAUGUCGAUAAUGUUGACCAGCUAGAGGCAUUAGCUGGAUCACGUGAUUGGUUUAAGGAAGGAAGCAGAAUUAUAAUCACAACUAGAAAUCAACAUUUACUGAAUACUCAUGGAGUAAAUAUGAUAUACAAAAUUAGCUUGUUAAAUGAUGAAGAGGCUAUGAAGCUCUUUAGCAAGCAUACACUAAGGCAUGGUAACCAUAUAGAAGAUUAUGAUAGCCUUUCGAAAGAUGUUGUUUCCUAUGCUUGUGGGCUCCCAUUAGCACUUAAAGUUAUGGGUUCAUUUCUUUGUGACAAAGACAGGAGUGAGUGGGUGAGCGCCUUGGCCAGACUAAAAGAUAUCCCGGAUGGUAAAAUUGUGGAACAGCUAAAAAUUAGCUAUGAUGGACUUGAACCGCUUGUGAAAGAGUUGUUCCUAGAAAUUGCAUGUUUUUUUAGGGGAGAGUGGAAAGAUAAGACAACAGUGAUACUUAAAGCUUGUGGUUUACACCCUGAUAUAGGAGUAAAGGAACUGAUACAAAAGGCUCUCAUAACUGUGACAGAAAAAGGAAUAUUUGAUAUGCAUGAUCUGAUACAAGAAAUGGGACACCACGUUGUUCGAGAGAAAUAUCCCCGAAAUCCUGAAAAACACAGUAGGAUCUGGCGGUGGGAGGAUGUUGUAACGAUUUGUGCUCUACCAGAGGAGGCAAGGACCGAAAAUCAUUGGAUUGAAGCAUUAAAAGUUCGAUGYGAGUUUCUUUGUAGUUUUCCUCGUGUUGUUGCAAACAUGAAGGAACUUCGGUGGAUUUCUUGCUUUCUAUAUCCAGCAACUUCAUUGCCAAGAAAUUUUCAACCAACUAAGCUUUCUUAUCUACUAUUGUGUUCAGACUCGCUAAAGCAACUUUGGGAGGGUGAAAAGCAUCUACCAAACUUGAAAGUGCUCGACCUCGGUGGUUGCAGUAACCUUGUCAGGACACCAGAUUUUCACGGACUUCCAUGUCUUGAAAGAUUAAAACUCAACUAUUGUCUGAAGUUAACAGAUGUUCAUCCAUCAAUUGGAUAUCAUGAAAGGCUUAUUUCUGUGGAAAUGCCAUCCUGUAUGAGCCUUGAAAUGUUUCCACCCAUCAAAGGGAUGAAAAAGUUGGAGACUCUUGAUCUCUCUUGGUGCUCUAAGCUCCGCAAGUUCCCGAAGAUCCAAAUGAACAUGGACAACAUGAAAGAGCUUUCUUUGGAUCGAACUGGAAUAAAAGUUGUACCCUCGUCAAUUGUAAAAUAUUGUACCAACCUUCGUUCUCUUGAUUUGCGAUAUUGCGAAAGUCUAGAGAGUAUUGAAGAAUUACCAGAUCUCCCAUCAAGCAUAGCUGUUCUCCAAGCAUAUCAGUGCGACAAGCUUAAAAUUGACGAUCUUCCAACAGAUCUUAAAUGGUUGUGGAGAAUCUCACUUCCGUUGAAGAGUAUACUGGGUGAUGUUGAUAGAAAAGUACAAUCCAUGCUUCAGGGAAAUGCCAUUAAAGAUAACUCCAUCAUUCUCUGUUUUGAUGUUGAUAACAUUCCAACAAGAGGCUUUGCAAGGAGAAGAUUAAUGUUAGAGCUUCCAAGGAACUGGUACAACGAAUUCAGUGGAUUCUUAAUAUGCAUUAAUGUUGGUGGGAUUUUUUCCAGCAAGUAUGAUGAAAUUACUAUCGAGGACGUAAUGGGUAGGGAAAAUGAAGAUGUUUUGGAGGUGUCUGAUGGAACUCCCAAGGAGGCUUGGGAUAACAGAUGCAUGUGCUAUAUAUAUAUGUAUCCUUUGGUUCAUUGA